UGACCGCUACUCGUUAGGCACGUGACCCUGUAAACAAAAGGAUCUCAAAAAUAGAAACAUCACUCUCAGCUCACUGCAGACAGAGAAGGAAGGAAGGAAGAGAGAGUUAAAUCGACGGGACCAACACCAAGGACUGCAAUGGUAGCGAGACACCUCGUCGUCCUGCUCGGCCUCGUCUCAUGGGUCGCCGGGUACAAGGACUACAGCGACCGCAUUCCCAACGGAGUUCGGGUGCCCCACCCGUGUAAGGACAACUACCUGUGGCACGGGGUGGGCCACCUGAACAGUCAGGGUGGCGGCUCCAGGAAUGUUUUUGGAGUAGCGUUCCAAAAGGCUGGUCACGUGUGGACAAGAGAAUUGUGUCAGGCAGACUCUGAUGGAGAUGGCAAAACUAACGGCGAGGAGCUGGGGGAACCCAGGUGUGUCUGGACCCCUGGCACCACACCUGAGAGAACUGUCGGCAUUACUCAUCCAGGUGUAUGCGAACCAAUGGAAAGCGAACAAUGCCAGACGAAGCCAGUCCCUGCCACCCCGGGUGAGGUGUACAUAUCUCAGAGAGACUGGAUAGCCGACGCCUGCAAAAGCGAUCAGUUUGUGUGUGAACACCUCAACACGACAGCGGAUGUCCGCAAGAUGGAGCUGAGCAUCCCGCUGACCCCAGUGCCUGCCAAGGAAACCACCUACAUGUGUUCUUUCUUCGACUUCGAGAACGACACCGCCGACUUCCACAUCAUCGCCACCACCCCGAUCAUCAACAACAGCUACGUCAUGCACCACAUGUUGCUGUUCGGGUGUCGUGGCGAUGGUGGCAGAGGUAAACAACCAUUCCCGUGCAACAUGGGAGGCUGCAGUGACAUCAUAGGUGCGUGGACCUUGGGGCUGAGCGGUCAGUGCUUCCACCCAAAGGCAGGUUUUAAAGUCGGUGCCAACGGUUACAAAACGUUGCUGAUACAGUAUCAUUGGAACAACCCCUUGUUGCGGUCAGACUUUGUGGACAGUUCUGGACUCACCCUGUACUACACCCCUAACCUCCGACCUCACAACCUGGGUAUGUUGAUGACCGGUCAGAAUUACCUGGAGAUUCCUCCAUUCACUGACCUCACCAUAGCAACCUCCGACUGCACGGCCACCUGCACCAAGCAGCUUCUCCACGGCGACAUCCACAUCACCGAGGCAGUCAACCACAUGCACUACCUGGGUAAGAGCAUGUACCUGGAACAUCAUCGCGCCGGUCAGAUGCUGACGUACUUGGCAAAGACCCCACCUACAACUACGACAACCCAACGCUCCACAUGUUCCAGGAGCCGGUGGUAGUCAAGCCAGGGGAUGUCAUCCGGACGACAUGUCACUUUAAAUCCACUGACAAGCCCUCCACCACCUUUCAAGGCGAUGGAACUUCCGAUGAAAUGUGUUACGGGUUUCUGACCUUCUACCCGGCGGAAAACAUUCCGCACGGAAAGGAG